AGAAAUUACAUUUUGAACAAAAUAACCUUGACACAAAAAUUGUAUUAAUAAAAUAAAAUAAUUGAAAGUUUGGAAAAAACAAAGAUGCCCCACUUAACCACACAAAUCCUGGUCAGUCUGCUCAUCCCUCUGCUGACCAGAUCCACGCCCCUGGAGACGUCCCAGUACCUGAGCAUGAGAGAUGACCUGAUUGCUGAAGAUGAGCACAUGCGACUGGGUGGUCAUCUGGUGCUGUCGGUACAAGAGCAGAGAAUGAACGAAAUUUUCAUGAAGGAAAAACGCGCCAUGAUACAAACAAGCCGGACCAACCGUUCCGUCUUUGUGCCGUCCACGAGCUUCUACCACUCCAGGAGACUGAUCGAGGAGACGCCCCUGUUUGAGAAGAUUCACCAGAUGCCUAAAGGGGCGGCGCUACACAUCCACGACAUGUCAAUGGUGAGUCUUGAUUGGCUGGUGACCAACGUGACGUACAGAGAUGACGUGUACAUGUGCCCGCUAGCCAAUGGUUACCUGAACUUCCAGGUUUUCAACAGCAGCUACCAGACUUCAGACUGUCUGUGGAAGCUGGUGAAGAACGAAAGAGCAGCCUCGGGCAAUGUUACAGCUUUUGACCUCAACCUAAAGAACAACUUGACCCUGAUGGGGUCUGACCCAUUUUUGACCUUUGCAGACAACCAGGCGGCCUGGGUCAGAUUCGGAUUGUUUUUUAGACAGGUAUCAAACCUGCUGUACCACGUGCCCAUCUACCGCGACAUGCUGUGGCAGACGUUGAGAGAGUUCCGUGAUGCCAAUGUCCAGUACCUGGAGAUACGAGGCUCUUUUGACCAGAUGUUUGGUCUGGACGGUACCAGAUACGACACGGAGUUUGGCGUGCUGUUGGUCAAACAAGUGGCUGACCAGUUCGUCAAGACCUACCCGGAUUUCUCAGGGGUCAAGGUCAUUCUAUCUGGCAUCAGAAACCGUAACAGUUCCGUUAUUCUCGAGGAGGUGAAGACAGCUAUGGAGCUCCACAAGAAGUACCCGGAAGUGGUGGCUGGCUACGACAUGUCUGGAAACGAGGCUCUCUACAACCCCCUGUCCUACUACAGCGAGGCUCUUCUGUACCCGUCCAGACAAGACCCGCCCUACAAGCUGCCGUACUUCCUGCACGCUGGGGAGACACCCUGGCAGGGCACGGAGACCGGGUUCAACAUCGCUGACGCCAUCCUUCUGAACGCCACACGUAUCGGCCACGGGUACGCUCUGGGCAAGCACCCCAAGUUCCUACAGAAGGUCAAAGAGCAAAACAUCGCUGUAGAGGUCCAGCCCAUCUCAAACCAGGCAAGUCAGCAGUAUAAAAUCUCUGCCACUUCCUAUAUGUUGAACUUUAUUUAG